GCUGGGGAGGGUAACCAACCAGACCCACGUGCAGGGGGAUGAGGGCCCUUGGGUGGCAAACCAGGAUGGUUGGUGAUUUUACUUGGGGCUUUAAGACAGGAAAAUGAGGGUGGAUGUGUUGGUUAGAAACACCUCCAGUGAUUCUGAUAUGUUGGCUCUGGUUGUCCCUCAUGUAUGGACACCUAAUAGGCACCGUGGCCUCAGGCCAGGGAGCGUGUGUUACUCAUACUAUUGUGUUUCUGUUUUCUUCUCAUCAGCCUGCAAAGCUGAGCCAGUUUGCACGCUGAAGUCCUUUCCUGGGACCACUGCCUGGGGAGGGGCUAAACUAAGCCUGGGACAGUGCUGUCCUGGCAUCAUGGUACCCCACCAGCAGGGAAAGCCACAGGCCCUUCCUGGGUCUCCUUUUAGUUUCUUGCUAGUGCCAGGAUGGAGGCUGAGGAGGCUGAAGGGGGUGAGGGCCUCAUGACUGCUUCUAUCUAGGUGGGAAGCAGUUAUAUGUGUCCUAUCUGCGCAAGGUUCAAAGGUCCUUGCAAUCCCACACCUCUGCAGGUCUGCACAGGUUAUGGAGGGCAAAUGUGGGUCUCACUGGCUACGUGUUUUGUCAAGGUUCUGCACACGGUAGGGGUGGAACUGAGGCUGGUGCCCUGUCUUGGGCUUUUUCCCAGUGAAUGUUGGCUCAUGUCUUUGAUAUGGAUUGUGAGUCUGAGGAACCCUCUAGGAGUUCCUUCCUUUCACCUCCAGUGGCCAUCAUGCCCAUAAACAUCCUGAAUGUCAUAUUUUUAUGUGUGGUUCCCAUAUACCCAACAGCAUCCUUGUCUCUACCUUUCCUUCUGACUCCUCUAGGCUGCAUCUAAAUCUGUCAAGAGAUGGUAAGUAAAUUAGUUGUUGGAUGACUCUAAUAAUAUGAGGAUUAUCAUUUAUGGAGCACGUAUAUACCAGGCACUUUACAUGCAUGAUUUCCAAUUCCAAAAUAGUUCUAUGAUAUGGGCGUAUUCCUAUUUUAUAAGUAAGAAAAUUGAGGCUCACACAGGUCAAGGAAUUUGCCAAAAUUUCCAUGGAUACCAUGAAUUUGAACCCAAAUCUGGUUGUAAAACCAUGCUCUACCCAUCACACUCGUCAGAUCUAGGUGUUAUUGCUGUGUUUGACAAUUGCUGGGUGGCUAAUCAUUAUACCCUCUCAACCCACCCGUAACACAGACUUUCUCUUAGAAGCUCCUGUGCUACUGUGUAAGACAACUCUCUUCCUAAGUAUUGGUACCACUCUCUACUUUCCUUCUUAUUACUCCUCUUUUCUGUGAUCCCCCUCAGUGAAGAGGAUCUUCAAAAGAAGAUUUUCAGGCAACAAGUGCCUUCAACACAUACACCUACUCCAGGAAAAUUUCCAGCUUGUGAUUAUUUUGAGAGAAGGUCUAGAUUCUAGAACACACACGCACACACACCCUUGAGAGCUAUGCACAUGGAAAACACCGCCAAGACUGCAGGUCUAAGGAGGAGGCCGUAUGGAACAGAGCAAUUAUGAGGGCUUCUGACACACACAACUUCAAUCACGAUUUAGCGCCCCACUCUUGACAGAGAAUGGAGAGAUGAGGAUCAUCAGAAAUUUGAGGACCUCUCCACUAUUACAACUUGCGGUCAAAACAUCCUAGUAAUAUAGCCAUGCUGGGAGAUUGGAAGUUGCUGGAGCAGGGUCCUAUAGGGGAACUGAGCUAUCAGAAAGCUCCAUUUUCAUCCCCCGUAGUAAAAUGUCACUAGGGAAUGUGUAAACUCAAACAGCAGAGAAUAGAAGUCAGUACAAUCACUGCAUUAGAAACAUGGUCAUAAUACCAAAAGAAAAAUCUGGAAGAUUUGUAGAUGGCUACCUCUGGGGAGUGGUGUCAGAAGUGGGGAGGACAUAGGCAGAAGCCACAUGGUUUUUCUGCUGUAAACUUUGCAAUAGUGUUUGAUUUUAAAUUUAUGUUUAAACAUGUUUUCCUAAAUUUAAAAAUGAAAUUGUAAACAAAAACUUGUAUAUGGAGAAUGGCACUAACAUGGCAGAUUCUGAAACUUCAAGGCCUUGUUCUCCCAUGAACACAUUGAACAAACAACCGUAAGCUGUCAGCACCAACUUUGUAGGAGCUUUAGAAAACAAUAAAAGGUUAACAACAAUAAAGCAAAUGUGUGAUCAAGAAAUAGUUAUUUUCAAAAUGGUACAAGAGUUUUGCAGCAAUUUUAUUCACCCUUCCCCUACUCCUUCUCUGGAAUAGUGGCCGUUUUGAGUGUGAUCAAUGGUCCAGUUGCAAGUUCUCCUUGAACCAGAGGAAUCAGCGUAGACCUUACUUACAAAUUAUUAUGUAUAUCUCUUUAAGCCUGUUUGUGUGAACAUUAGAAUGUUCAAAAAUAGGUGUGUACACAAGAGAAUUUAGAAAGCCACACAUAGUCCUGGGCCAGAAGUAUGCUAGAAAAGUCCUGAGAGGACCUUUAGCUUCUAUGUCAGGUUGAUAUCUAGGCUCAGAGCAAGCCUAGCUAAGUGGUGAAGGAAUGCCUCAGCAAGUAAACAUUCUGCAAUGGUUGGAAGAGGUAGCGUUCUGUCUGUCUGUCUGUCUGUCCUCUAUCUCUUUCUCUCUCUCUGUUUCUUUUUAUGAUGAUUUUAUGUUUGUUCAACCUCUGGAAAACAAGGAAAUUUCUAUCAAAAAUUAGCUGAAUAUCAGCUAAUGAAACAGCAAUUCCAGUGAUCACACACAAACAAGGAAUAUUAUUUGUAAAAGUUGUUUGGAAAAGUUUCAAUAUAGACUGCUACACACUUCUACAAUAACAGGAAAAAAAACAUCCAAAUAACACAUGCAAAAUUCUGACUUCUAGAGUUACCACAUUAUAGUAAUAGAAAAAACCAAUUUUCAACAAAAAAAUAAUAAAACACACAAAGAAAUAGAACAUUUCUCAUUCAAAGGAACUAAAUAAAUUUACAGAAGCCAUUCCUGUGGAUACCAAGGCAUCAGAUUUUCUAGACAAAGACUUAAAGAAACUACCUUCAAUAUUGUCAGAGUCAAAGGAAUAUAAGGACAAAGAAAUAAAGAAAAUCAGGAAAACAGUAUAUGAGCAAAAUGAUAAUAUCAACAAAAAGAUGUAAAUUAUUAACAAACUAAAGAGAAAUUCUGGAGCUGAAAAUUUCCAUAACUAAAUCGAAAAAUUCAUUUGAGUGAUUCAAUAUCAGAUUUGAGCAGACAGAACAAAGAAUCAACAAAGUUGAAGAUAGGACAAUUGAAAUUAUCAAGUGUCAGGAGCAGAAAGAAAAAGAAUGAAGCAAAGUGUUUAGAGUUGAAGUGACCUGGCAGUGAAGUGCUCCUAACAACUUUGAUUUGGCAUUCCCUAAUUCAGCUCCAUGUAUGCUCCAAUAAAUUCUUUUCUUUUUUUAAAUUUUUAUUUAUUUAUAUUUAUUUUUAUUUCUUUAGCUCUUUAUUGGAAUAUAAUAGCUUUACACUCUUGUACCAGUUUUUGAGGUACACCAAAGUCAAUCAGCUGUAUUUAUAUACAUAUCCCCAUAUUUUCUCUCUCCCUCGACUCCUCCCCACCCUCCCCGUCCCACUCCUCUAAGGCAUCUUCCAUCCUCGAGUUGAUCUCCCUUUGUUAUACAGCAACUUCCCAUUGGCUAUCUAUUUUACAGUUGGUAAUAUAUAUAUGUCUAUGCUACUCUCUCACUUCAUCCCAGCUUCCCCUUUGCCCCCAGCCACCCCCAACCUUGUGUCCUCCAGUUCAUUCUCUGCAUCUGCAUCCUUAAUCUUGUCUUGUCACUGGGUUCAUCAGUACCAUUUUUUCUUUUUUUUUUGGAUUCCGUAUAUAUGAGUUAGCAUACAAUAUUUUUUUUUUCACUUUCUGGCUUACUUCACUCUGUAUGACAGGCUCUAGGUCUAUCCACCUCAUUACAUAUAGCUCCACCUCAUUCCUUUUUAUAGCUCAGAAAUUCCAAUAAAUUCUUAGUUACAUUAUGCCUCAAUUUACCUUUUAAUAUCAGAUAUGAGCCCCUCCCCCAUCCCUAGUGCAUCCAAGGUGACACUGCCCAGAGCCCUCAUGUCCCUGAUGUGGGUGGAUCUUGAAGGCCUGCUUCCCUCCUCUACACUAGCCCCUCUCUUCCUCCACUCCUAAAUCUCAUGUGGGUGGUCCUCUGAUGUCUGUGUUCCCAUUUUCUCAUUGGACAGACCUGCACCUGAGCUCCUGUCUGCCUUUUCCCUACCUCUCCUUGGGCCUCCUUGAACUCUUUCUCUUUUCACUCUGCCUGCUUCUUCCAUCCUUCCUGCUCUGAUCAAUCCUGCCCAAGGCAUCCAACAGGUUCUUUUGAAAAUGCAGCUCUGAUCCAUUUCUUCUCUGAUAAAAACUUUUCUUUUAAUGACCCCAAAAUGUGAAGAACACACCUCCUGCAUAGGCCCAAGGCCCUACCACCAGCCUAUUCCCCUCCCUCUUUCUUCUUUCUCCCUCCAUCCUCACACUUUGAUCCUCUGGGAUCACCUGAAGGCCUCAUUGCUCAGGCCUUUGCACAGGCCACUCCAUCAGCUUGUAGCUCCCUGGCUUUCAUAGACCACUGGCCAGUACUGGGGGCACUUGGGACGGUCUGUCAUUUUUAACCAAUUCAACCAGUGAAUAAGGAAUCUAAUGAAAUAGCUGGGAAUGAACCACCUAAAACCUUCCUGUAGAUGAGAGAUUGGUUUCCUCCAAGACCAGCACAGGGAUUCUCAGGAAACCACCCAGGCUUGGAGUCUUUGGAAUGGGGUUUGAAAUCAGGUAAUCCAGGUUUCAAUUCUGGAUCCAUGUUUUCCUAUCUGAGAACUUUGGUGUGUCCUUCUCUGGCCCUGAGCAGCCUCCUUGCCUCAUCUUUAAAAUAGGGCUAAUAACAUGUAUUCACAUUGAUAACACCAUGAUAAAACCACUUUUCUCCCCUACCCUUAUCCUCAUGGAUAAGACACACCUGACUUCCCUUCAUCAGUUCUGUCUGGAAUCCUGUGGCCUCUGUCUUCAAUAGAGCUCCAGAAUCUGGCCACUCAUCAUCGCCAGCCAUACUCUAUUGGGCCAUAGUACCGUCAUCUCCUCCCUGGAUCCCUGCACCAGGCCCCUCACCGGUCUCCUAGCAGGCUCUACACUUGCGCCCUUCAACUGCGACUCUUUUAGAUUGUGAUCCAAUUACACACGUUCUCUGUACAAAUAACACCCAAGUUCUCCCACCCCCCACCUUCCAGUCUGCGAGUAUGGCCUUCCUGACCAACUCCUUAGAAUAGUCUCUACCUCAGCACUUGCCAUUCUCCUGCCCGGAAAUCCUCCAUUGUGCUUAUUCCCAUGUAAAACAUUACUUACUCUUCUCUUUAUUUAUCACUUGUCUCUCUACUAAAAUAGAAGCUCCAGGAGGACAAAGACUAUGCUGAGUUUUGUUUGCCGCCCUAUCCCCACUUCCCCAAACAGUGACUAAAAUAUCGCAUUGCUUAGUAAUCAUUUGUAAAUGGAUGAAUUAAUAAGUCAGUGAAUGAAUAAACAGGACUGCUUAUAACAUGAGUGAAGUGUGCCAGAGGACCUUGAGAAUACUACAAGAAGGGGCAUCUGACUGGUACCCCACCUUCCCACAAAGGGCGGUCAGGGCUGGAUCAGGGGCCUCUGGAGUGCAGGGCAGUGUCCAGAGUGUGUGACUCUGCUUUCCCUGGUAGUUCAUCUCCUACUUUUACUAUAUUAUUGUAUUUGAUGCUGUACUUGGAAAACCACCUAUAAACUGUGCUUCGUCCUCAUCACAGCCUGGCAAGGUGGGUAUGAAGACCCUCACUGUACAGAUAGUGACACUUGAGGCAGAGAGAAGUGAGGCGACUUGCCCAAGACAGUGUGACUGGUGAGUUGAGUCUGCCUGAGGGCAAAGCUGGUGCUGCCUCCUCAGUGCUCAUUACUCCCUUUUCCCCAAGAGCUGCAGGGGACAGCCAUGGACCAUACACUUGACAGAAAUCCGUGGGAGGAAGCAUGUCCUUCUACUCAAAGAAAUUCUCAUCAAGCUAGUCCUUAAAGACAGCAAGACUUUCUUCAACUGACUAAUCCCACAGAGGAGUUGAAAAUGGAACCAAGGCCAUCUCUCCAGAAGAGGACCUGCCCCUGCCUUUCCUUACUUGAGGGCCAGAAGAGGCUGGGGUCCCCUGGGACUACUUCCUGUCAUCAAGUGGCCCUGUGGACAGAGAUGCCCUGAGGAGCAUCCGGGCCAGGCGGGAGAGCCACUCACGCGUCCACUAUGAAGUACAGGUCAAAGGCACCCUCGCAGGACCUCAGCUUCUCCCAGGUUCUGUGACCAGAAAUCAGAGGAGGCUGUGUGGAGAUGGCUUGUCUCUGUUCUAUGUGGGCAUACACAACUCUAAGUCAAAAGUGAUUAAAAAGCUAAGACUGUUCAACCUAUUUGGGAUUCUUUGGGCCUCAUGAAUCUGGAUGUACACCUCUCAUUCCAUGUUUGGCCACCCCAUGACUGAAUUCCUAGGGGACUCCUCUGAGGAAGCAGUUGUAUCUGAAUCAACAUCUAUUUGCCUCCUGGUCUCACCUAUUGUCACUGAAGGUCCACCCUGAGGCAGUGGGACUGGGCUUUGAGCACUCGGGGGGCCUCUCACCACCGCCUCUGACUCAUCAAGCUCAUUAAAGGAAGACCACGGUGGGACCACGGUGGUACUGAAGGAUGUCCAUGUGACUCAGAGGGUUGUCUUGCUGAGCUCGGACUGAAAGGACCAAGAAGAGCCCCUCCUCAGGACACACACAAUAGAAUGACGGGGAGCCCUGUGGUCCAAGUGUGCCGGCCCAGGCACCAGGAGAGCCCUUCAAUCUCACGGCCCCUCCCCAGGCCAAGCUCUCCAGAAGCUCCAGAGACUGACAGCUGCCGGAGCAUCCACCUUGCUGAGCUGGCCCAAGCCCUGCCGUGCCCAUGGCUGCCGGGAAGGGAGCUCUGUGGAGCUCUUCAGCUGAAAACAGAUGGCGGCUAAGUGAACCUGAGCAGGGCCGGGUCCGCAAGCCGGUGCUGCUGGAGAAAACGAACCACCUGGUCUCUGAGGCUGUCCCAGGCAGCGGUGGCCGGGAUGAGGCCUGUGCUGAGAUGGGGCUGUCAGCAGCGCCGGGCAAGCUCAGGCUGGGAAAGCUGAUGCCCCGGAAGGCUUGCUGGGAACAGGGGCAGAGCGCCUUCACGGAGGUGCCUCGACUCAGGAAGAGGCUUGGGGGUGGGCAGGCCCAGGAGAGGGAGCACAGUGGCCCUGCAGAACAGCCUGGCCCCCAGCAGCUGACCCUCGACAUUCCCAGGGACCCAGCUGGGAGCACCUGCUUCUCUGUGUGGUCCAGUGGAGCCCGCGGGGAGCAGAGAAGUGCCUUUAGCAAGCCAACCAGGGGUCCGGCAGAGAGACCAGGUCCAGCCUCUGUUUUCCAGGCAGGUGGAUCUGCAGACGUGCUGGGGGAGCUGCUGGGACUCAUCAACACGGUCAGUGUCACUUGCUGGGGUCGACUUUCCAACUCCAAGCUUUUGGCGGGUGAUUUCUGGAACCUGCAAACAGUACCACCAAAUGCUCCUCUCUGCGGCACUUUCGUGGGUGCCCCCACACUGUGGCUGACGCACACCACGGCCCAGGUUCCCACGCCCCCAUCGUCCUCCUGCACCGCCUCUUGGGCCCUGCUGCCCCCCACGCUCACCUCCCUGGGCCUGUCCACCCAGAACUGGUGCGCCAAAUGCAACCUCUCCUUCCGCUUGACCUCCGACCUGGUCUUCCACAUGCGGUCCCACCGCAAAAAGGAGCAUGCAGGGCCUGACCUACAGUCUAAGAGGCUGAGAGAAGAGGCCCACACGUGCCCCAUUUGCCAUGAGUACUUUCGUGAGCGCCACCAUCUCUCCCGGCACAUGACUUCUCACAGUUAACAGGUGGUUUGGAACAAGCGUAUCCAGCGCUUAGCUGUGAGGCUGAGAUGGCUCACUGGGCCUUCCUCUGAAAAGGCUGGUUGUGGUUGUCCACAGGGCCGUCUCCUUGGGCAUUUGAGGAUGAACAGCUCAGCCAUAAUUGGAAAAAGACAACCAGCCCCCAUGAUGUGUUUUAAAGGAAAGAAAGUAUGAAAUGAUGCACUUUGCUAAUCACAGAGUAUGGUGACAGACGCCAAGUGUUUCUGACACUUUCAGGAGCGGGAGAUCUGCUCCUGUCACCAUAACUUCUGCUCCAUAUGGAAGCAAGUUUGGCACACAGCAAGGGCUUUGGAGGCAGACAGACCUGGAUUGGGAUCCUGGCCCUUUCACAUACUAGUCCUGAGCUUGGGCAAAUAGCUCUGAGUCUCAGCUUUCUUAUCUGUAAAAUGGAGAUAGUGACACCUGUGUCUGAGGGAUGUUAUCAGGGUUGUGUGGGAAGAUGGGCGGGAAAUGGCCAGCAUGUGCCUGGCAGCGUCAUCACUGAGUAUAUGGCACUAUUAUCAUGGUCCAGGUUAGACAACUAUUGUUAAGUGACGAAAUUACAGUGGCAAACAAUGCGGAGCCCCUGUUUCUCAGUCAUGUGUCUGUGGGUUGGCUGGGCUUGGGCUGGGCUUGGCUGCUCUUGGCUCCAAGGUUGCUUUUUCUCUCGAGACUGAUGGGCUACCGCAUCAUGCUUCUGUCAUGUAUGCCAAGAGCACAGUAGGAUAAGUCCAAAUACACAAGCACAUCUCAAGCCUCUGCUUGGGUCACUUCCACUAACGUCCCCUUGGCCAAUGCAAGUCCAUGGCCAAGCCCAGAGUUAAGGGGUGAGGUGUGCUUGUGGCCAACAGGGAAGUCGUGAGUGAGUGUAUAAUCCUAUAGGGUCCAGAGGAAUUGGGACCAAUGAUUCAACCAACAUUCGGUCCACCAUUCUUCACAUUCUGCAUAUGUGAAAAUGGGAAAAUGAAACACAUGCAUGCGCACACACGUGUACACACACACCCACACACACACCCCUAGCUCUCGGGAAGUGGGCACGCAUAAAACCUUAGGGCUUGAAGUGUUGUGAGGCCUGGGAGAGUUCUGGGUACCGUUUAUUACCUGAUGCUUGUGGAAUUGCAGUAGCUGUGCUGUUUAUCCACGUUUGUCCUUCUUCCUAACAAUGCAAACCUCAGGUCAUAAACUCUGCUGUAACACAAGCCGGUUUGUGUGAAAGCCAUUUGUGGGAAUUUCUUUCGAGUCGGUGCAGUUCUUUUGGCUGGUUUCCACCUCACUUUCAAGAUUUGUUCAUUUGACCUGCAGUUUCCAACUUCUCUGUUGGGGCCUUGAUCACAGAGCUCAGGCUUGCGGAUGGGAAGGAGCUGCUGGGGGCCUCAGCCAGCAGCCAGCCAGCCAUCCAAACACUCCCAGACUCUGCCUCUUCUCUCCGUCUCCACGGCUGGCUCCCACCAUGCCCGAGGCAGCCGCGUGUCCCAUCCGGCCCAGCCACCCUGUCCCUCUCUCUCCCACUUCCCCUACCUACACCCACCCUCCCAUCCAUUCUCCACAGCCAGCCCUAUAUUUAUUCAUUUCUUGGCCUCCCUGGGCACCCAUGCUGUGUCAGAUUGUGUUGCUAGGCCCUGGUGGGGGCACAGUGAGUUCAACCCAUGAUCCUUGUUCGGCGUGUGAGAUGAUUAGGGUGCAGUGUGACAGAUGCAGAACAGAGGCCUGUGCUGGGGCACUGGGCACAUUGGGGGGGUGCAUGCCCAACUCAGACCUGUGGGUACGGGAAGUGGGUACCCCUGGAGGCCUCCUGAAGGUUGGUGGUGUGAGCUGAGCCUCAGAGUCCAGCAGAAGCUGGUGAUUCAGACAGGGAGGGCAGUGCUGGGGAGAAGAUGGUCCUGUGCUGCAGGUGUCUGCGGCUGCUGCAAAGCCCAGGUGGGGAGGACUGAGUGGGGAGGUGGGCCUCUGAGAUGGAGACGUGGGAAGGCAUUGAAGGAAAAGAGUUUAGACCAGGGCCCUGGAGGGCCGGCUCCAAGAAGCCCUUCCAGGGGACCUCUGGCUGCAGCAGGAAAGGUGGGCAGAAGGAGAGGAGAUGGACCCCCUGAGCCAUUUCCUCUGCAUCUGGAAGGAAGCAGAAUUGCUUCCCAGAGGCACUGAGGAAGCACCCCCUUUUCUACAGAGAGGCUUAGAGGCCCCAUCCUCCAUGAAGGAGGUGAGGAGCCCUCAGGCUGGGCCCCUUUGGGAGCUGUGCCCACAGUGAGGCUGUGCCCAGAAGGCGGCUGAAGCUUCGAGAAGCCUCCCUCUCCUGCUGUCCCACGUGGGGCAGGAAAGGGCACCUCAUAGGAUUUGAACCUGAGACUCCACACUCUAUACUGAUGUACAUUAUGUCAUUUAAUCUGCAUGAUAUCCCAGGGAGGUAGAUAUUUAAUUCCCAUUUUACUGCAGAAGAAACUGAACUCCAAGAGGUCCACUGACUUUCCUAAGACCGUGGGUUCCAGAGAAGCAGUACAAGAAUAAGACCCCAGCACUGCCCCAUUUGUGCUCCCAUCCUUCCCAGCCUGCCAUACGUCUGCUCAGCCCAGCCGGGUUACAUGGCAUCGUGGGGACGGUUGAAAAGCUGGGCCUUAGGACCAGGCAUUGACUCCCUGUCUAAAAUUUCACCUUGCACCCUGCCUGCCACCCUGCAUUUUCCAUUGCCCUUGAGCACUUUUCACAAUCUUGCAUACCAUUUUUAUGGAAUUAUCUUGUGUCCCAUCACUAGAAUAUAAGUUCUGUAAGGAAUUUCUGCUGUUUUGUCCACUACUAGAACAAUGUAGCUGGAACAAUGUAGGCAAGUAGCAAGUGUUCAGCAGACCUUUGUUGAAGGAAUGAAUGAGAUGCCUGGUUCUGGCCUCACCCCAGCUUCGCACAAGGGUUCUGACAUCUGUUAAACUGUAUGCACAGCUGUCCUCCUCUGGCUUGUUGGAUUGCUUCAUAAUUUCUUUGAAAUCAGUUUGACAGGUGUGUACUGUAAUACAAUAGCAGUGACCACUGAGGUCCACGAUGAGCUGAUGUGUAAAGUGAUGCAGGGCAAGAGGUGGUGAGGUCAAGGCUAGGACCCCUGAGAUGUCUAGACCAGUCUGUCUUCCCUGGCCCUGCCACAAUCCUCUGGGAAGCUCAGCUAUGGCUGCAAACAGGAUUAUUGCUAAUAGUGACUACGUCAUUUGUAAGCAAGAGAGAUAUUUUGAAAAAAAUCAAAUAAGGUUAAUUUAAUUUUACGAAGAGGCACAAGAAAACAUCUCUUCCCAAUUCAGCUUUUUAAGAUGGAGUUCAUUUUGGUAAAAAUUGAUGUAGAUGCAAGUUGCUUUGCAACCAUUCAAACUGACAGACUCCAAGAUGACUUAUGAAGGUGAAGACUUACAGUUUAUUAAUGUGGCAGUUCCUUCUUGUCUCCAGGCUGGGUUCCCAAAGUCCCCAUGGCAGUUGAAGGCUGUCUCGUCCCUUUUCUCUCCUGCCCUCCUGUCUACUGGCGAGCAGUCACUUUUAAUCUUGACUUUACCCACGCUCUGUCUGCCACCUUCCAUCCCAGUUAAGAGUUGGCGGGUGAUGUUGCCACAGAACAUCACAUCAGUAGGUAUGAAUUUUACUCAACAAUUCUGGGGUAAGAAUUGCCACAUUCCUUAAAUUCUCUAUACAUAAUUUAAUCUGUUCUGCGCCCUAAUCCUAUUCUGGUAGGACAGGCGGUCUGUCUUUUUAAAACCCCCCUCCUGUCUCUCCAGUUUGCAGAAAGUUCUCCAGCACCUCCCACCUAAGAAUACCCUCUCUUAGCAUCAAGCAAUGUCCCCAUGCUGUGUUGGUGUCUUUGCCUCUAUUCUCCAACGUGCUUUGGAUCUUCUCCCAGGAUCUCGGCCCUGGUGGUUUUCUGGCAAUGCUGCCAUUAGGCAGGUAACACAGGAGCCAAUAAACAGAAAGUCUUGGCUUGCUUUUUGGACAAUGGGAGGGAAAAUACCUAUAGUGCCUGGAAGAAUGGCAAAUUAUUCAUAUAUCUUAUAUGCUCUCCCAAGCAGCAGCCCUUUAAUUAAGAUUUCUAAAAGUCCCCCAAAUGUGCUAAUGAGGCUAAAAUAAGGCAUUCGGAAUUCAGAUCCAUUUGAGUUCUCAAUUUUAACCAAGAUUUGCUUUACUUUCUGCUUUUAUCUGGAAGAGAAAGAAAACCUUAAAAAGGCCAGGGUCCUAGAUUGCCACUUCUGGCCAAUUCCUGAAUCUUAGACCAGGGAUUCUGCUGAAAUGACUAUAUAAUUAGGUUAAUGAAAGUGAGUGAAGCCCACUGGGCUUGGGGGGAGUGGAGGGAAGAGGAGGUAGGGGAGGCCCAGACACCUGGAGCGCAUGUGUCCUGGGUGAAUGCUCCUUAGCGCCAGGCUGAACACAGGCAUCAAGAGAGGCCACAAAUCAGGACAGUAUGUGGAAUAGUUAUCAUUUGUUCAGUUGUCUCUAAAAAACUGAUGGCCCAAAUGGCAUGGACUUAAGGAAACACGUUACUGGUGGUGGUGUGGGGAGGGGCAGGAACCACCAGCUGGAGACCCCUAACUCUAUUAUGCUCCCAGCCUUUGAAGCAGCGGGGCGCUGGGCCUGGCCCUGCUGACCUCACAGUAUCGCCCUAUUCCUCUGGGCACAGGGAGGGAACCCUGCAGAGGGGUGAGAGUCAGCAGGAGUUGUUCCAAGGUGAGCUUCUUAUCCUUUCUUUCCUUGGAUGGUGCUGGUGCCCCCUGGUGGCAGCAGCCCUCCCCUGCAGGCCACUUCUCUUCAGAGAAGGGGUUUUAUAAACCCUGCCUAUAUGUAUAAUUUUGUUUUUGUUUUUUUGUAGUAGAAGUCAUGUGGGAGGUUUAAAGAUCAUGUAGUAAGAUAUGAAACCCAUAGAAUAAAGCUUUUAGUUGAAAAACAAAUUAUUCUCCAAUGUGUUUUGAUUUGUGCUACAUCCUAGAAAAGAAGAAUUUUGGGGAAGCAAUUUUUUUUUUAAUAUAUAUUUUUUUAAUUUUUUUUGGGGUACACCAAGUUCAAUCAUCUGUUUUUAUACACAUAUCCCCGUAUUCCCUCCCUUUGGGUAAGCAAUUUUGAAUGGGGGUUGGGGAGGCAGUGACUUCUGGAAGGAGGGUUGCUGUUCUUUAAAUUUAACUUUUUCUUCUCCAGCCAUCUUAUGUUUUCCUGGAGCAGGAGAAAGGAGGCCAGUGGCCUCUGAUACCCUUGCUAUUCUAAGCUGCUUGGAUUAGGAGGCUAUUUUCACUGCCAGGCACCCUGAUCUGCUAGGUAGCAAGGAAGUCCUUAGGCCAGGUGUCAGCUAAUCCUAUAGAAACCAGUAGGUGCGAGAUGGGUGCUCUCUAGUGGGGACCUUGGAGCCAGAUUUCCUUGCCCCAAACUGUGAUUCAGGCUGCAUCCUUUUUCUUUCUGAGCUGUAGCCUCUCAUUGCAUUAAAGCUGUGUGGGUAGCCAUGACCCUCACUGACACACAAACGUGGCCAUCUGUUUCGUGUUGGGCUGUUUGGCAGAAUAGGGCAUACAGGAAGCAGGAGGGUGAGUGAGAUGGGAGAAGAGCUGGGGUCCUACACUCUGGUGCUCCAGUGUGGUGCCUGGGGGCUGGGUCAAGUCUCCAGCAAUGAUCCUGAUGGUGAAGGUCCAGCCUGUCUGUGGCUGGGGAUACCUUGGGAGAGGGGGUGGAUAGCCUGGUCCAGCCCCUCUCACGGCACAUCAGUGGGUACCUUGAGAGGUCCUCAAGCAGGGGGAGAUGUGAGAAAGUUGCAUGGCAGCGCAGUGGCCCUGGCUGCAGGCUGGGACACAGAAAUGGGAUAGGAGGCUGUGAUGGGGAUUUAGGCACCAAGCCAGGACCUCAAGACAAGGGAGAGGGAAUGGACAGUGCAGUUCAUUAUAAGAAAACAAAGUCUGAUGUUGGCUGAAGCAGAAAAGGAUGUCUUCAGGGGGCCCAGGGCUGCACCCAGUGUUGGGUGGGCAAGCUGGCAGCCCAGGCUGAACAGUGGGCAGAAGCAAGGAGCUACUCAACAGGACCUCAGCUGUGGUCAGGCAGGGGAACCGCCUCUGGAGGGCGCUGCUGCCACCCCUGAUAGUCAGGGCAUGGCCCUGCUGCCCUGCACACUGGGCAUCUGGCCAUUGCUGCUGCCCAGCUCCCCUGGGUCACUGCUCCAGGAAAACAAAAAACAAAACAAAACCAUCCUGCACAAGGGCCUCUGACUGGCCCAGGCAGGACCACAUACCCAUACCCUACUGCCAAGGAGGUGAAAAAGUGAGCUUCCAGGGCUUCCAGUCUCGUGGUGGGAGAAUGGUAACAGCUGGCAUUGGCUGAGCACGAGAUUAACUCAUUCAAUCUACACAGCCCCAAAGGUGCUAUUUUCUUGCCCAUCACAUGGAUGAAGAAACUGAGGCAUAGAGAUGUGAAGCAAGUUGCCCAGAGUCACACAGCUGGGAAAUGGGCAGAACUGGCCUUCCCACCUGGGCAGGCUCAAGCCAGAACCUGGGAUCCUAACAACCUCUCUGCUUCUGAGGGAGCCUGUUUCCCACAGGUUCAUAUAGAGCAAUUCUCUAAACAUUCAAAGGGGUCGCAAAUGCUGGUGGCCUGAAGGAGGGAAACAUCCACUGUGCUAGUGACCUCCAGUGAAUAACUGAUCUGUCUGAGGCUCAGAGGCGGAGCUGACUCCGGUGGAACUGGUAAUAACGGACGUCCAUGUGGUGAAGAUCAGAGGAGAGAACUAUGUGUGGUACCCACCCUAGGAGCUGUUCCACCCCUUCCCCUGUUUAAGCCCCACCAGGAUCUUUGCCAUCUGCUGUGCCUAUGGGACACCUUCAACAAAAUAAGCUGUAGUAAAUGCCAGUGGUGCAAAUCCAGGAAAUCCAAAUAAUGUGAAAGGAAACCCAUAAAAAAAAAUGAACAACCACUAAUGAUCACUAAGAUCUUUAUUGGAGUAUAAUUGCUUUACAAGGUUGUGCCAGUUUCUGCUGUACAAUGUAAAGCUGCUUUUGUUGGAGCUCUUUGCUGAUGGGAGUACUUGGUGAGUCCUGCGGCGUACUUCGGCCCCUGAUCAGGAGAAUUUUUCCCUCAUCUAUCCUGCAGCAAAACUCCUUAGCCUUGAUUUACCUGUUCAGUUGCCCCAGACCUGCAGCACUGGCUUCAAAUAUUUUGACCACACAGCCUUGCGCAGAAGUUCCCAUUCAGCUGGCCGUCAUAUCAGGGUGCACACCCACCCAGCGCAACUCCUUUGAGGGACAGUACUUGGCAUUGGGGAAGGGGAGGAGAAGGCAGUUGGUGCCUAACCAAGGCAGCCUCACUGCAGGGGUUGUCUGGCUGUGCAUGGGGACUCCUGGACCUGUCCCCAGGCCCCAUGCUCUAGCUCCAAGGCAACUGAGGCCAGGACCUGUGCUGGAUGGAUUCCCUGUCUUCAUACCCCUGACUCAUUCACACAAACUAUAGCUCCCUGAGGCAGGCAGGCGAUGUGGAUGGACACAAACCCCGCACUUCCAGAGCAGGAAACCACGGGAACCUCAUGUGACUUAUCCACCUCUUUCUCCAGCACCGACAAUGAGAAGUCCUAUAAACCCUUGCCUUCCACCCAGCCAAGAGUGAAGCUUCUUCUAUACUGGCAUUUUUCAAACUGAGCUCCUGUGGGUACUAAUGUUCUACAGAGAUGCUCAGGGACCUCAUGGGCAUGGAGAGUGGAGGACAGGAUGAGAGAGAGGAAAAGAUGUGACUGGUGGAAAACUUAACAUGGAAACAUGUCUGGAAACCGUUGCCUUGCACCCUGCACAGAGCCCUGGAUGUGCGGACAGUUGGUUGACUCCCUCCCGGGACUGUGUUGGACCAAGUCUCCCUUGUAACUCACCUGCAUGGGCACAAUCCCAGGAAUGCGGUCCUUGGCAUCCUCAGGGAUAUGGGCUGUCUUCAGGUGUGGGUCCCCGGACAGCAUCUGCAGGUCAGCCUCCAGCAUCUCGGCCAGGGCGGCUUCUGAGGUCACCCUGGCAUAGCGGCUCUGCAGACGGCUCAGUUUGGCUGCCAUCUUGGCUCCCAGCUCGGGGGAGGCGUAGUUAUCUGCUACGAGCUUCCCAGCUGUCUGCAGCACAGUGGGCACCUUGGCGCGCAGGGCCACUAUGUCCCGGGCUGUGGAGAGGGCCACGCUCAUGGGCACGGUGAUGUCCGGCUCCACCCCAGCCAGGUCCCAGGCCUCACCGGUGCUGGCACUCAGGGCCAUCUGUGUGGGCAUGGAGGCAUAUAAGGGGCUGCUGCCCACCUGGUAGACGCCCACGGAGAGCGCCCCUCCGGCUGUGGGCUCCCCAAUGAUGGUGGCGCGCUUCAGGUCCUGCAUGGUGUGAGCGAAAGCCUCAGCCGCCGACCCGCUGGUGUGGCUCACCAGGACAUAGAGGUCCUUCUGGGAGCCGUAGCGCUGGCCUGCCACCUGGGGCAGAGUCCACACCUCUGUGACCCUCGACGUGGCCCUGUCAAAGACGGAGUAGAGGUGCUGGCGGGGCUCCGCCUCGAAGAAGUAGGAACAGAGCAGUGGCACGGCCGUGGAGUAGCUGCCGGGGUUGUAGCGCAGGUCGACCACCAGUGCAGCUGUGUCUACCAGCUUCUGCCACACCAGCUGCACCAGCUGCGGCCCGAUGGCCUUUACCGUCUCCAGCUCGGCCAUAGCGUCAAAACGCAGGUAGCCCAGCCGGCCUGGCAGCACCUCUGUCUUAAACACGGCCUCGAUGAGAUAGGAGAGCUCCUCCGGGGAGGGGACGAGGGGAGGUGGUGGGGGCACCUCUUCGGCCACCAUCUCCCCAGGGCUGUGGAACACCAGCAGCCGGUGGUCCCCAGACAUCUCCUGCAGGUCUGCUGUGAGCUGGGAGGCCAGCGACUCCAGGUCCACUGCUGUGCGGUAGGCCCCCUGGGCCAGCUUGGCUCUCAGCAGGGCACCUGUCUGCCCCACGACCUCUGGCCGAGCAUAGUGGGCCUCCAGCAGGUGCCCCGUGCCCUCCACCAACUCCCCAAGGCUUUGGUGGAACUCCAGCACCUCCUGGGCUCUGUCCAGGGCUUCCUCGGCCAGCACGAUGGCAUCGGGGACCACGCCACCCCCCAGCCAGCACUCACCGUGGUUGUCGAUGAAGGUGAGCACGGGCACGGUGAGCACCAGGCCGCCCUUGGGAGUCUCCAGCAGGGGCACCGUGUGUGUGUGCAGCAGGCUACCCGCUGUGAUCUCGCCCACCAGUGUGGCCCAGCCCAGCGACUGCAUGAGGAAGGCCAGCUCCUCGGCCGCCGUGGCGGUGCGGUGGCUGGUGAGCAGGUACACUCCACGCUGGGUGCCGUAUGGCUGGCCCAGCAGCUCCGUCUGGCUGAAGUGCUCCUGUGUGACAUUGGUGCGCCGGUCGUAGGUGGUGAAGAGGUGCACGGGGCCAGAGUCGGGGCCCUGGAAGUAGGAGAGCAGCAAGGGCACAGCAGAAGACGGCCCCCCAGGGUUCUGCCGCAAGUCCAUGAUGAGGUGCUCCGUGUCCUGCAGGGGCUCCCACACCUGGCGCAGGAUGUAGGGGGCCAGCGGCCCUAUCACUGAGGCAUCAGCAAACCUGUCGAAGCGCAGGUAGCCCACGUUGCCCGGCAGUACGGACACCUGGAACACAGAGUCCACCAGGGCCAGCCGGGCAGCCUCGUCCUCGGGCACUUCUGGCUCCACCUCCGGGGGUUCUUCAGCUUCAUCCUCGGGCCCAUAAGAGGUUCCUUUGGACUUGACCACCUGCACCAGGAGCCUGGGGUCCUCGGACACGGCCUGCAGGCCGGCAUUGAGCUUAGUGACCAGAUCUUCCUCGGAGACCACCGAGGACAGGUCCAUGUUGGCCAGGUGGUGCAGCAGGGCGGGCACGCGGUCCACCAGGGUGUAGUAUUCCUUCAGGGCCUCCUGCAGGCGCUGGAUGACUCCCGGCAGUGCACGGCGCAGCGUGAGGAUGGCCAGGGCUUUCUCCAGGGCCUGCUCGGCUGGUGUCCCCACACAAGGCAGCACCCCGCUGCCCUCCCACGUCUGGCUGCCCUCGCCCAGGGGCCCCAGGGACCUGGACACAGGCACAGUGAGAAAGAAGUCAGACUGGCCUAUCCUCAGCUUCUGGAGGUCCAGGGCCCCCCCAGCCGUCCUCUCGCCCACCACGAUGGCCCUGCGCAUCUGUUUGAGGAUGUAAGCGAUGUUCUCGGCCACGCCCCCUGUGCGGCUGCUGGUGAGGACCACCACAUCCUUAUCGGCACUGUAGUUCUCUCCCAGGACUUCAGGCAGGGUCCAGAUCUCAGUGGUCGUAUUGGAGGGGCGGUCAUAGAUGGUGUCCACAUGCAGGACCGUGUUCCCUGGGUGCAGGUAGGAGAUGACAUAGGGGAUGCCAGAAAUGCGUCCCCCAGUGCAGUGGCGGAGGUCCAGCACCAAUGCAGAGGUGCCCAUGAGCUUCCUCCAGACGUUGGCCACCAGGAAGCUCCUCAGCUUGCUCAUUACCUCCUGGCCUGGGAUGUCGUCCACCCGCAGGUAGCCCACGUUGCCUUCCAGAACCUCAUGGUGGAGGCCGUUCUGCAGACCUGCAAUGAGUUCCUCUAGCGUGAGGUUCUUGAGUGCUGGGGCUUGUCGGGGAGCCUCGAGGGUGCUGGGUUCAUAGGAGAUGACCAGGCGAGGGUCGUUCAAGGAGCUCUGCACGCCAGCUGUCAGCACAUGGGCCAGAGUCUGAGGGUCUGAGAUGGCCAGGAUCUCACGACUCUUGAUGGCCUGCUCGAUGGCUUCCUGCAUCCCCAUCAGGUUCUCUGGGAAGCAGUAGUUAUCCAAGAGGACCUUGGCCAUGUCCAGCACCAGGCUCGGCUGGAACAUGUGUGUGGGGCCAGCCAGGCUGCAGAGCAGCGUGGGCAGCAGCAGGACCCAUUUUCUCCACAUGGGGAUCCAGAGGGAGGGCUGGCUGCUGCACGAAAGCUCUCUUGACACCGUGCACAAGGCGCCAGCACUGCCCUGUGCGGCUGCCUUUCUCCCGCGCCCUUCUCAGCCAGUGGACAGAAGGUCUGGGGCUCAGCACGGGAGUUGGGGUGCAGCUUCCAGCUCCAGUAAGCUUUUAAUCCUGUCUAAUUCAAGCGCGUCAGCCCUGGGGACUGGGGAGAAGGGAGCGGAAGUGGGUUUGACCCAGAAGCUGUGUGGGGGUCUCACCUUGCUGAGCCAUCUCUGGUAGACUAACGUAACUACUGUCUGAGUUCCUGCCACAUGCCAGGCACUGUGCUCCACGCUUUACAGGGCUGACAGUCUUCACCUUGCAGAAUAGAGUUAUUAACCUGCAAGUAGAUAACAUUUCCCCACUGCACUGGGUGACCCACACCUCUGGAAUUAGGGAGAACGUGGGAGCAUGGUUCAGCCACCUUCUACUCUUGGCCUUAGGGAAGUGUCUUACUUAUUGUGUAGAUGAAGUGAGAAAACAUGUGCAGGGCACUUGACAGCAUGAGGCAAGAAGGAAGCACUCAAUUACUGAUAAGUUCUCCAUGUUAGAUAUUCUCUCUGUUUUGUGGCUGAAGAAACAGAGUUUAGUAGCUAAUGGAAGACUACCAUCCUAGCUGGGAGGAUAUGAGGGCAGGCAGAAGAAGCCUGUGGGACCACAGUCACUCAGCCCGUGCCGAGAUUGAAUCUGAGUCUCCAUCUACUUCACGGCUUGAAGUUUAUUCCCUUAUCUUGCUAAUGCAUCCUGGGAACUGAAGUGAUUCCCCCUGACAGCUUUCAGAUGAUAGAAAUGAAAUGUCUGAACUUCAUCGUGGGGCAUGAUGAAUGGGAUUGGUGAUUCCAGGGCAGACGAAGUUAGCUCUGAGAUCCAACAAGCAUCCAUUAUCCUGGCUAAAGAAGACCCUCGCUGGUUGAGGGCUCAGCCCAUGGCCCACUGCUUGCAAGGACAACUGUGUUGGAGGACUUGGGUCCCUGUGGUCCAGGUCCCACAGGUGUCCAGAUCAUCAGUCCCCAGUGAACUGCUGGACUCCUGCUCCUUCACACAGAAGUGAUGUGGGUCCAGCUUGUGAUUGAUUUGCUGCAGAUUUCCAAAAGUACCUACCAUGGAGCCUAGACCCUAGAACCCCUGCUUUGUCUCCCCAUCCUUCUCGGGGUGGGCUUUUCCCUCACUUAACAGACGAGAUAACUAUGGCUCAGAGUGUGGUCAUAUAGCCAGGGACGCGCGCUGGGAGAACAGCCCGGCUCCACUCUCUUCCCUUCGCCCUGUUACCGCCAGUGCACCCUCCUGGACCGGGCAGCAGCACGCAGGCGCACACGUGUGCCUCAGCCGGCAGCCAGAGGAGGUGGUCUUGGGGCCGGGGGGCCUUCUCAGCACACUCGAGAGCCACAAUCCGCUCUCUGGAAAUCAUUAACUGAGGAUGUUUACCAAAUGGUUGAUGAAGGCCAAAGAGGUCAAUUAGCUAAAACAAACAUAUUCUUAGCUCAUUAGGAUUUGUUUAAUGCCCAAGUGACAUAUGGUCACAUCACUCCACCGUUUGCAGCCAAUCAAGUGAGACUGAUUUAUUAUAAUAAUAAGGCCUCCUUAGUCCCCACUGGGAAGGCUGAGCCCUCCGCUCCACCUCCGCUUGGGGAAUCACAACUCAGAGUAUGUCAGCCUCAUCCUCUGAGGGCACUUUUCCAUCAUCAUUUGAGCCCAGGCAGAGCCUCUGGACCAGGAAAUGUGGGGGUGAAGAUGAGCACGGAUAAGUAUCUCUUUGGGAAAAGUGUUUCCCCUGGACUCAUUAAAAUGCAGUCUCUUGAUGGGAUGCCUGGACCUGGUGUGGGGCUUUGAUGUGUGUGGAUGGCCCAGAGCCUCAGGGAGGACACAGAAACAGAACCAGGGUCUGUUUCAAGUCCCUGAGAUGCCCGAGUUAGUGCCUGCAAGGGGAGGUAAUGUGUUCUCCUGUGGGUGUGGCCUGAGGUCAGGGGAAGAAAAUUCUGUCCCCAGAGUUCCCCAGACUCUCUAGGAAGAAGGGAUGUCCUGGCCCCCAGAUGAGAUGGGUAUAAGCAGGUGGCAGCUGUCUAAGGUUCUGGGCAAGUUCCAUCGUGGGAGCCAGGAGGAGCUUCCAUUAAGCCUCUGCCAGCUGCCAGCCCAGGGGCUACAGAGGGUCCCAUUGUGACCUUGAGGGUUGAGUUUGGAGUUGGGAUGCUGUCAGAAGCCCCUGCUUCUCCUGCACUUGUACAAGCAGCCAUGUGGGCAGAGGUGUUAAGAGUACUGGCUCAGGAGCCACCCCCAAAUCCUACUUCUUUCUAAAGUACAGACCCAAAUUACGUGACAUGACUGCUCUGUGCCUUGGCUUCCUCAAAAGGAAAACAAGAUAAAGAGAAGAGCCUUACAGUAUUGUUGUGACAGUGUCAGCAGGUAUAAGG